AUAGAUAUGCCUGACUGGGAAACGGUGUGGGCGGGACAAUGUAGAAGUGCUGUCCAUCUGUGGACAUACAGAUAAAAAAAAAAUCGCCUGUCGGAGUGUAAGCUAGCGUCGUUCUUCGUUGGAACUAACAUUUGUCUGGAGAAACCAAAGGAAACGUUUUCUAAGUGUGAGGAAAUAGCUUUCCUUCAGCCUCGUUGUUUUGGGAAAUUUGGCGACCUGGCUUCCAGAUUGGGGACCCCAUUUGCAACACCACAUAGUGAAGGUUGAUAUGCCACAACAGUGAUGGAGCCCAUGACGGUGACUACGUCAGUGGUUGGACCCGACGAGUUCGACCGCAAUGCCCCACGGAUCUGCGGUGUGUGCGGGGACAAGGCCACCGGCUUCCACUUCAACGCCAUGACCUGUGAGGGCUGCAAGGGCUUCUUUAGACGCAGCAUGAAACGUAAAGCCUCCUUCACCUGUCCUUUCAACGGGAGCUGCACCAUCACUAAAGACAACCGGCGCCACUGCCAAGCCUGUCGUCUUAAACGCUGCAUCGACAUCGGCAUGAUGAAAGAAUUCAUACUGACGGAUGAGGAGGUUCAGAGGAAAAGGGAAAUGAUAAUGAAGAGAAAAGAAGAAGAGGCAGCCCGGGAGGCGCAGAGGCCCCGGCUGAACGAGGAGCAGGCCCGGAUGAUCUCCAGCUUGGUGGAAGCUCACCAUAAGACCUACGAUGCCUCCUAUUCUGACUUCUCACGCUUCAGGCCUCCAGUGCGUGACGGCCCGGUAACACGCAGUGCCAGCAGAGCUGCCUCCCUUCACUCACUGUCUGAUGCCUCCUCUGAUUCAUUCAAUCACUCACCUGAGUCUGUGGACACCAAGAUGAACUUCAGUAACCUGCUGAUGAUGUACCAGGAUGGAGUGAGUAGUCCAGACUCCAGUGAGGAGGACACAAAGCUCUCCAUGCUGCCCCACCUGGCUGACCUGGUCUCCUACAGCAUCCAGAAAGUCAUCGGGUUUGCCAAGAUGAUUCCAGGUUUCAGAGACCUGACCGCAGAGGACCAGAUCGCUCUGCUAAAGUCGAGUGCCAUUGAGAUCAUCAUGCUGCGCUCCAACCAGUCCUUCAGCCUGGAGGACAUGUCCUGGAGCUGCGGGGGACCCGACUUCAAAUACUGCAUCAACGAUGUUACAAAAGCUGGUCACACCCUGGAGCUGUUGGAGCCGCUGGUGAAGUUCCAAGUGGGCCUGAAGAAACUCAACCUGCACGAGGAGGAGCACGUGCUGCUCAUGGCCAUCUGCCUGCUGUCCCCAGACCGCCCUGGUGUUCAGGACCAUGCCCGCAUCGAGCAGCUGCAGGACCGUCUGUCAGAGGCCUUACAGGCCUACAUCCGGGUCAACCACCCAGGCGGACGCCUCCUCUACGCCAAGAUGAUCCAGAAGCUGGCCGACCUGCGCAGUCUGAACGAGGAGCACUCCAAGCAGUACCGCUCGCUCUCGUUUCAGCCUGAGCACAGCAUGCAGCUUACCCCGCUGGUGCUGGAAGUGUUCGGCAGUGAGGUGUCAUAGCUGAGGAAGAGGAAUCUAUUCACAGACUCAUCAAACGUGGGAUUAUUACCAAACUCUGCUGCCUUUUCCUCAACUAAACCGAAGCACCUUGGACGCUUUGGAAGGAGACGCACCAUCGCUUCUACCUUCAUCUGCUUCUCCUUCUGUCAACUGCUCACCUUCCUGGAGGAGCAAAACCAUAACUGGAUCUCUGGGUUCACUAAUAUAAACGCGCUGCUGGAUCACCAGAAUCUCAAACCUCAUUUGCUUUUACAAACAAGCUGCCUCGCUCAUUUUCUUCUUUUCCACGAAUACAGAAUCCAACCGUCUUUCAUCACCAUCCCUCCCACCGUCAGGAAGUUAUUUCCCUGCCACAUCUUCAUCGUCAGAUUGCCGGAAACGGCGCUCGGAGUUGCAUCUUCUGCUCAUUCUGGGUGAAAAACUCUUUGUAAAUAGUCAUGAAUUUUUUUUUUUUGGUUUACAGUUUCUAGCAGCAAAAAUCAUCCAAAUAUAUCAAGCAUCAGCGAACAUGAAAUAGGAACAGUCUGGUUUCUGGUGGGAGUUAACACCUCCUUGUAAAUUCUGCAUAUGUAAAAGGAAAAAAAAAGAAAAGUCAAAUCAUAUGAGGACAGAUGUUUUUGCAAAAGUCUUUUAAUUUGGGAUUGAUGGGUAGAAAGGUGCACUUUGGAAAAAAUGAGGAUGCUGGGGGGGUGCUACGUUUGUAAAAUGAUCAAAAGAAGAAUGUAUGUUUUAUUUUACAUAUGAUAAAUAUAAGCUGUAGUACAAGUCCAAGAUUUAGACAUACCUAAAGCUUGGCUCGUACUGUAUUUAGAAAGAAAUACUUCUGAGAGUGUUGAAAAAAUGAUUCUAAUAAUGAAAAGGAUGUUAGGACCCCUCCUCUGAUGUGUGUGUAUAUGCCAACGUAUAAAAACAUAUGCACACAUGCACUGAGAUGCGUUAUGAGGAGUCGCUAUUUUUGCUAUACCUGUACAGUGUGCAAGAUUAUGGAUGGGCCACAAGGGGGUGUGUGCACAGGCUCUGACUGAACAUUCAUUGCAACUAGGCUCUCGGUUGUGCUCUCUUAAUUUCUGGACCUGUGAAGUUUGUCGGCUGACCUACACAAAGAUAACUUCCUGUUUUGUGGACGGCUAUUUUUUCAGAAAAAAAAAGAAAACAAAAUAAAAUUGUCGGACUGGUUGGAUU